GGACAGGCUGGAAACGUCGGACAAAAGACGAACAAAAAACUGGAUUUUAUUUCCAUUUCUUCCCGCCUUUCGCUACGGAACAGGAGAGAGUGCUGUGUGUUGGAACCUGAGACAACGCGGGACGGACAUGUGACCGCAGCACCAGGAACCCAUCGCACCACUGCAGCAGGGAUUCUAAACUUCCUGAUCAGAAAGAGAGAAGUCCACAGCAGGGGUUCAAACCCGUGACUGAUGGCUCUGGCCCUCGACACAACGAGAAGCCCCAUUACGCCUGACCUGCUGUCUGCUGUAAGAGCCUGAAAUCAUUCUGUGCCCAGACUGACGGCGGGGAAGAUUUAUGUGGAGAGGCCGAACAGAAAAUGUCUCGUAAAUCCUUCACAUCUUAAGCUGUGACGGCUGCCAUUGGCCCUUUUGUUGUGGGGAGAAGACCAUUUUAGAGAUACAAAUGUUUAUAGUUUGCUGUUUUUCCGUUGUAUUAAUUACAGUUGCCUAUUAGGGUGUUUUUUCCAUUUCAAGAUUUCUGUCAGUAUUUGCAAGGGGACUCGUGUCAAGUUCAUUCCAGAGGAGCACUUGAUGGUGAAGAUCAAGCAAAGCUCAAACAAGCCCAGCUUCUGCCUGCCUCUAAGUCCUCCCCAGUUGGUACUGUACCCUGCAACAAGGGGAAAAUCUUGGUUAACAACCACCCGGAGCAGGGAACCACACUGAGACAAAGGGAAGGGUGCCAAACCUGUGUUUUGUUAGGUGGCUCAGACAUAGAAUAGGAAAGGAGGGACUUCUGAAACCAAGGUAAAGGAAGGAAACAUACCAGCCUGGGGAGUGUGUGGCUCAGUCCGAGCAAGGAGCAGGAGCUGCACUUCAGGGUACUGACUGAGGCGUGAGGCUUUGGGAGAGCCGUGAUUUUCAGGGGACCGAGUGCUGAGCCCAGAGGCACGCCUGGAAACUGGGAGCAAAGCUGAAAAGGAGGCGAUCAAUCAGCUCUCUGCCUCCAGCCAAAGCUGACCUGCUUUUGCCAGGGGAGACUUGAGUUAUAUUAGCGUGCCCCUCCCCUUCCCCUCCGCCACCCCCCCACUCCAUUCAAAUUAGCCGCUUGUUCAGCCCAGAGGAGUUGGCAGAGGUCACUGGCACGUGGAGGAGUGCAGUGGCCAUGGGGAAGUCAAACAGCAAGCUGAAGCCCGAGGUGGUGGAGGAGCUGACCAGGAAAACCUACUUUACAGAGAAAGAGGUGCAGCAAUGGUACAAGGGCUUCAUCAAAGACUGUCCCAGCGGGCAGCUGGACGCCGCCGGGUUCCAGAAGAUCUACAAGCAGUUCUUCCCCUUUGGAGACCCCACCAAGUUCGCGACCUUCGUGUUCAACGUCUUUGAUGAGAACAAGGACGGACGCAUCGAGUUCUCCGAGUUCAUCCAGGCGCUGUCGGUGACCUCGCGAGGCACUCUGGACGAGAAGCUGCGAUGGGCUUUUAAGCUGUAUGAUCUGGACAACGACGGAUACAUAACACGCGAUGAGAUGCUGAACAUCGUGGACGCCAUUUACCAGAUGGUCGGAAACACUGUAGAAUUGCCCGAGGAGGAGAACACACCAGAGAAGCGAGUGGACCGCAUCUUUGCCAUGAUGGACAAGAACGCCGACGGGAAGCUGACGCUGCAGGAGUUCCAGGAGGGAUCGAAGGCGGACCCCUCCAUCGUCCAGGCGCUGUCUCUGUACGACGGACUCGUAUAGUGGCCGGACGGCACAAAGGGUAUCCAGAAGUGUCCCAUCUAGCGCCAUCACCCUUGAACUCGCAGGAAACCCACGUCUCACAAGUCAGUUCUCUGCCUCGGAGGAGCCCGGAGGGAACGGAAGCGGGAGAGGGGGGUGCCGGUGGCCGGGGGCGGGGGGGUUCCGGGUUAUCAAUUUGUCCCCCUCCAUCGUCCCCCAGAAGCCAGCUGAAGCGCUGCCUGUGAGACUGGGCCCCGCCAACCUCUCGCUGGGGGGAGGAGGACGAAUGGGACGCAAAGACUGAGGCUCGCAGCGCGGACAUGGACUGAAUGGACCAGGCGGGACUUCGGGGGGGUGGGUGGCAGAGGGACAUCCGGUGGGCUGGCUGGGGCAGAGCUCUAACCCACGGG